UGUGUAUUAGUGUAGAAUAAAUCCACAAUUCUUUAGCGCACCGUGCGAGGUUCGAUUAAAAUUGUUGUUCCUUCUUAAAAUCAUCUGUUUACGAUUUCUCAAAGUACGAUGGAUAAUAAAAUACUGAAACAGGUCACUGACAAAGCUCGGCGAAGACCAUAAAAUGAAUCCUAGCUGUUACGGAUUUUGGACUUCGUAGUCACAUACCUAGGAACGACCUCUGUUCUGGAUCGUCUGACAUUUUGCGACGGCAACUGUACCAUUGAGUGCUUACCCUGCUUACUCCAUCUCCAUCGUGUUUUGUAUUUUUGACUGUACUUUGGUAUCAGUGUAGUGAUGAUGCGACUUCAAUAAUCGGACGUGAUUCAAUGAGGAUGGACAAAAUGUAGACCGACGUCGUUGUCCAUCGUUGAAGGCAUCGUCCGGGAAGUGUGUUAAUGAGAUAGAGAAAUCUUAAAGGACCGCAAGUUUUCUUAGAACGCAUAUCGAUCCUCCCGCAGGCAAUGAAUCUUUCUUGCCUGUCGUGCUAUGUUUGUAAACUGUUGUCCUUGCUAAUAGGAGAUCGGUGAAAUAAUCACGAUCAAGGAUGGAAAUCGUCGGGGAUUACGAGUACAAUUCAAAAGAUCUGAUAGGGCACGGCGCGUUCGCCAUGGUCUUCAGAGGUAGACAUCGCAAAAAACCAAAUUUCGUAGUGGCAAUCAAAAGUAUCACGAAGAAAAGCUUGGCGAAAUCGCAGAAUCUCCUCGGGAAGGAAAUCAAGAUUCUGAAGGAACUAACAGAAUUACAUCAUGAAAAUGUUGUUGCAUUGUUGGAUUGUAAGGAAUCUAAUCACAACGUCUUCCUAGUUAUGGAAUACUGUAAUGGUGGGGAUUUAGCUGAUUAUUUAAGUGCAAAAGGCACUCUCUCAGAAGAUACUAUCAGAGUGUUUCUACAGCAAUUAGCAGGUGCAAUGAAAGCCCUGCAUGCCAAAGGUGUAGUCCACAGAGAUCUCAAACCGCAAAAUAUUUUACUCAGUCAUAGUUGUGGCAAGGCCUGCCCACAGCCACAUCAAAUAACAUUAAAAAUUGCGGAUUUUGGUUUCGCGAGGUUCUUACAAGAUGGUGUAAUGGCUGCAACUUUAUGUGGGUCACCAAUGUACAUGGCACCUGAAGUUAUAAUGUCACUCCAAUACGACGCAAAAGCAGAUCUUUGGUCUUUAGGAACAAUAGUAUUUCAAUGUCUUACUGGAAAGGCUCCGUUUCAAGCUCACACGCCUCAAGCUUUAAAAUUGUUUUACGAGAAAAAUGCUAAUCUUGGUCCUAAAAUUCCACCUGGAACGUCGCCAGAACUAUCAAAUUUGUUGAUGGGUUUGCUGAGACGCAACGCUAGGGAUCGGAUGCCUUUUGACGAGUUCUUUGGGCAUCCUUUCCUUCAAGGUUCCAGGGAAAGUCCAAGCCCGAUCCCUGCCGAGCUUCCUGCUUCUCCAGGAACAUUAGCUAUCCAAGAAGGAGCCCAGGCAGUUACAAGAUCAGAACCAGAAACGACCAGUCCGUGCUCCAGUCCUGAGGAUGACUUCGUGCUUGUACCAAGUGACCUCAGCAGUGACACAGACAAUAAUACCAACACGCAGCAAGCGAAGUAUGCAAAACAAACAAGUAGAGAGGCGGUGAGCCCACCACGACCAUGUUUCCUCCCCAUUUCGGAACCGAUUCCGGUACCUUCCCAAAAAAGUGUUGUACAUCCGUCGUCGCCUUCUACUAAUGGAAGGUCGGGAAGCAGCGUAGUUCCUCGCUCGCAACCUAUUAGUAUGAAACGCAGUGUGGAUACUCAUAGGAGCCAUGCUCCCGACAUCGGUUCCCUCAGUCCACCCAGUGUUCAAUUCGUCAUUGGCACCCCACCCAGCAGGAGAUUGAGCGAGACACCGCCUCCACCAAAUACGUGGCAAGUUAGCCCUGUGGCGAGGCAUUCGCACACUUCCAGUGGAACAUCGCCAUUGCGGCGAUCAUCUGGAAAUAAUAGCGCGUCCUCGCCUCUGCUAACGGGACCAUUAGCCGUAUUAGGUUCCCCCACAUCGAAAGCGUUUCAGGAUAAUAACAACACACUGAGGCAUUCGCCAGUUAUCCCUUUUGGUACCAGGGCUGUCACUCUUCCUGAAAUAUCUGAGGCGGGUAGUUUCCAAAAUCUUUUGCCCGACGUAAAUCCUAUAAUAACGGACGAUCGACCGUUAACGUUCAUCGCCCCCGAACUCCCGGAGGAAACGCUUUUGGAACGAGAACACAACGAAAUAUUAGCCAAGUUGAACUUUGUUGUCGCGUUAUGUGAAUGUGUAUGCGAAGUAGCGAGGACAAAAGCAGGACCUUUGGGAGCUCCUUUAGGUGGUAUCGAACAAGCGAGCACCGCGGCAACGAAGAGACGAGCGGAACAAGUAAUUUUGCUUGUGAGAGCUCUUCAGUGGCUCAGUUCUGGUUUAAGUCUCGCGACUCAACAACUUAAAGCUGGUCGGUUGCAACCGACUGCCAGUGUUAAAGAAGUUGUGAAUACCAUGAAUGAAAAAUUUAGAACGUGCCUCUUGGAAUGUAAGCAGCUCAACAGUGCCGGGCUUCUUCAUCAGACAGGAGUCACGGCAGAUAAAAUUCUCUACGACCACGCAGUACAUAUGUGUCAGUCAGCAGCACUCGACGAAUUGUUCGGCAAUCCUGCAGAGUGUUUUCAACGGUAUCACACAGCGCAGAUACUUCUGCAUUCUUUAUCACAGCGCGUCAGUCACGGUCAAGACAACGCCCUCCUUAUUAAAUACAAAGACGCCGUUGAAAAACGUUUGUACGUACUUCAACAACAAGGCUACAUUUACGCUACCGACCCCACAUAGCGCUUAUGAAAUCCGGCAGCAGAUUACAGAGACCCGCCCAAGCCCAUACCAUGCUCGAUACCUCUUCUCUGUAAGAUAUUCUGCCCUAUUCUGUAUAAAAACUGUUACUCCAUCGAUCAUUAAGAUCGCGCUGCGAAGAUGACAUUGUAGAAAAACAAAAAAGUAAGUUUAAUGAUAUCUAAUAUAGUAAAAACUUGUUAGAUCGUACGCAGAAUAGGGUAGAUCGCUCGGUGGAAGAAUAACGAAAGUGAUUUGCGAUGUUUCUUUAUAUGAUUUACUAAUAAUGCGAGUAAUGAAUUAUAUAUAUAUUGUAAUGUACGUACGGUUGAUUGACUAACCUUUAUUUCAUAUCAAACAAUAAACAUGUGUAUACUAA